AUGGCAGCUUCAGGAAUGUCAUUCACCGACAAGGCCUCAUCCGCCCUGGCCGAUGCUCAAGACCUCGCACAGCAAUACUCGCACACACAACUUCAACCAAUCCACCUGGCCGUCGCUCUGCUAGANCCCCCACCGGAUCUUAGCAAGGACCAGCAGAACCCGUCCGGCCACGAAUCGCACGGCGCAUCGUCAGCACCUCUCUUCAAGCAAGUCGUCGAGAGAGCCCAUGGAGACCCGCAACUACUCACCCGCGCCCUCAACAAGGCCAUGGUCCGCCUGCCCAGUCAAGAUCCCCCACCAGAGCACCUCUCCAUGAGCCCUGCAUUCUCGAAGUUGCUGCGCGCCGCCGACCAAUUGUCCAAGACACAGAAGGACAGUUACAUCGCCAUUGACCACUUCAUCUCUUGCCUCGUCCAAGACACGACCGUCGCCAAAGCUCUCGCUGAGGCCAACGUGCCCAACACCAAGCUCAUCGACAACGCCAUUACCCAGAUCAGAGGCAACAAGCGCGUCGACUCCAAGACUGCCGAUGCCGAAGAAGAAAGCGAGAACCUCAAGAAGUUUACCAUUGACAUGACUGCCAUGGCACGAGAGGGCAAGAUGGAUCCUGUCAUUGGCAGAGAGGAAGAGAUUAGAAGAGUCAUCCGCAUCCUGUCCCGUCGCACAAAGAACAACCCCGUCCUGAUUGGUGAGCCCGGUGUCGGCAAGACUACCGUUGUCGAAGGCCUUGCUCAGCGCAUCGUCAAUGCAGACGUGCCUGCCAACUUGGCCGCCUGUAGACUGCUCUCGUUGGAUGUCGGUGCUCUUGUUGCUGGCAGCAAGUACCGCGGUGAGUUCGAGGAGCGCAUGAAGGGUGUUCUCAAGGAGAUUGAGGAUGCCAAGGAGAUGAUUGUGCUCUUCGUCGACGAGAUCCACCUGCUCAUGGGCGCCGGCUCUUCAGGAGAAGGCGGCAUGGACGCUGCCAACUUGCUCAAGCCCAUGCUUGCCCGCGGUCAACUGCACUGUAUUGGUGCCACCACCCUGUCCGAAUACCGCAAGUACAUUGAGAAGGAUCAGGCCUUUGAGCGUCGUUUCCAGCAAGUCUUGGUCAAGGAACCUUCUGUCCCCGAAACUGUUUCAAUCCUCCGUGGUCUCAAGGAAAAGUACGAAGUCCACCAUGGUGUCACCAUUCUCGACGGCGCCAUCGUUUCCGCUGCCACGUUGGCUGCUCGCUACCUUACGCAACGCCGCCUUCCCGACUCGGCUGUCGACCUCAUUGAUGAAGCCGCGGCUGCCGUUCGCGUCACUCGCGAAUCCCAGCCCGAAGCACUCGACAACAUGGAGCGUAAGCUUCGUCAGCUCGAGAUUGAGAUUCACGCACUCAAUCGUGAAAAGGACGAAGCCUCUCAGGCGAGACUUGCUCAAGCAAAGGCAGAGGCUGCCAACGUUGAGGAAGACCUCAAGCCUCUGCGCGAGAUGUACGAAAGCGAGAAGGCUCGUGGCAAGGAGAUCCAAGAGGCCAAGCUCAAGCGUGACCAGCUCAUCACCAAGCAGCAAGAGGCCGAGCGCAUGCGAGACUUGCAGACUGCUUCCGACCUCAAGUACUACGCCAUCCCCGAUCUGGAGGAACGUAUCAAGCAACUCGAGAAGGACAAGGCCGCAUCUGACCUCGACCAACUCAAGCAAGCCCAAGCAUCCGGCGAAACUCCUCUUUUGACUGACGCCGUUGGUCCUGACCAGAUCAACGAAAUCGUUGCACGCUGGACUGGUAUUCCUGUUACUCGACUGAAGACCACCGAGAAGGACAAGCUUCUUCAAAUGGAACGCCAUCUCAGUGAGCUUGUUGUUGGUCAGAGAGAAGCUGUCACAUCGGUCGCUAAUGCCAUCCGCCUGCAACGUUCUGGUCUUGCCAACCCCAACCAACCACCUUCAUUUCUCUUCUGUGGUCCUUCGGGUACUGGUAAGACUCUGCUCACUAAAGCAUUGGCCGAGUUCUUGUUCGACGAUCCUCGCGCCAUGAUCCGCUUCGACAUGUCCGAGUACCAGGAGAGACACUCACUGUCGCGCAUGAUCGGUGCACCUCCUGGUUACGUCGGUCACGAUGCUGGCGGUCAGCUUACUGAAGCACUUCGUCGCCGUCCCUUCUCCAUCCUUCUCUUCGACGAGGUUGAGAAGGCAGCCAAGGAAGUGCUCACCGUCAUGCUCCAGCUCAUGGAUGACGGUCGCAUCACCGAUGGCCAAGGUCGCGUUGUUGACGCCCGCAACUGUAUCGUCGUCAUGACAUCCAACUUGGGCGCUGAGUACCUUGCUCGCCCCAAUGCACCUGACGGCAAGAUCGACCCUACAACCAAGGAGAUGGUCAUGGGCAGCCUGCGCAACUACUUCCUUCCCGAGUUCUUGAACCGUAUCUCGAGCAUUGUCAUCUUCAACCGCCUUUCCAAGAAGGAAAUCCGCAGUAUCGUCGACGUCCGCCUCGAAGAAAUCCAGACCCGUCUGUCGCAGAAUGGAAGAAAUGUUCGCAUCCAGCUUUCAGCAGACGUCAAGGAUUACCUGGGCUCUGCCGGAUACUCACCAGCCUAUGGUGCUCGUCCUCUGGCACGCUUGAUUGAAAAGGAAGUGCUCAACAGACUUGCUGUACUUAUCCUCAGAGGCUCCAUCCGCGAUGGCGAGACUGCUAGAGUUGUGCUUGAGGACGGGCAUAUCAUGGUUCUGCCCAACCACACUGACUCUGAUGGUGAAGAUUCGGAGAUGUGGGAUGAAGAGGAUGCAGUUGCAGAGUUGAAUGGAGAUGAAGGAGAUAUGGAACUUUAUGACUAA